AGGAUCCUUGUUAUUCCUUUUCUUUUUGACUAAGCUGAUUAAUCUCGAUUGUAACGGAAAAAAGUAUUAUAAUUCAUUCAUUUUCUUUUCUUUUUUUACGUUGUCUAAUUAAUUCCGUGUUCUACUUUUAUAUGGAGCAUGAACUAAUUUUUCAAGAGACACAAUCAAGUCACCUAAAUUCAGGACAGGAUUACAAUGAGCCAGGGGCAACCUCAGAAACCCCAGGACAGUGGGGCAUCAACCUUCAAGGCGGCUGGCGAGUUUGCAUCGAAGCCCGUCGGCUCGAGGCAGAUUGUGGAUGAUGAGUUUGUAAGCCAAGAAGCCCCCGUGAACGUGGCCUUCCCCACAGCCCAUGUGGAUCGCGAUGAGAUAACCAUUGGCGAGGCACUGGAGGCCACCGCCUUGUCUAAGACAGCGCAGAAGCCUGUGGAGCAGAGCGAUGCUGCAGCAAUCCAGGCAGCCGAGUCGAGGGCCACUGGGAGGAGCGAGACGAUCACUGGAGGAGUGGCCUCUGCAGCCCAGACAGCGUCCAUCCAUAAUCUCCGCCCUAAGCCAGAUGAAGCUAAGACCAAGCUUUCGGACGUGCUGACAGGCGCGAUGGACCAGUUACUGGCAGAUAAACCCGUGACCCGUGAGGAUGCUGAAGGGGUUGUGAUUGCAGAAGCGAGGAAUAAUCCCGCCAUGGUUACUACGCCAGGUGGAGUCGGGAAAUCAAUGGCGGCUGCUGCCAAGAUGACUCAGAGGAAAUGAUCUCGAGCUAUGUCACAAACAACAUACUUUAUAGCGUGCACAAUGUAUAUGCUUUUAGCAUAAUAAAUAAAAUAAGAAAAAAGGAGAGGCAUCUAUAUGUAAAUUAUUUCUUUGUCGUUGAGUGAAUAUAUGUUCAGUUGGCAUGUGAAUAUAAAGAGCAUCAUUCAGGAUA